AUGUCGUGGAAAACCAUAAGCAAAGAAGCUCAAUCCGCAGUGCUGGAGGCCAUUCCGACCCGUUGGCGGUUGGAUAUCGAUAAAUACAGGUCGCUGAAGGAUGUGACAAGCGUGCCUUAUACAAGCGGCAUCCUGACAAAAGACCAACUCAAAAUCACCGAACUCACGGCUGGCGAGAUUGUGAAGCGUCUUGAGUCUCGCGAAUUGAAAGCAGUGCAGGUCUUAGAGGCUUUUGCCGGGCGGGCUGCCAUUGCCCACCAGCUGGUCAAUUGCUUGACCGAUUGGUUCUUUGAAGAUGGUCUCCAGCAGGCGAGAGAGCUUGACGAGGAUCUUGACAAGGGUGGGAAAUUGAAAGGGCCAUUGCAUGGAGUUCCGAUCGCUUUAAAGGAUUCCCAUGAACUUGGAGGCCAUGCCGCAACAUUGGGCUACGUUUCAAGGAAGAACAACAUCGUCAAGCAAGAUUCUGCUCUUGUGACAACAUUGCGUGCUGCAGGUGCUGUCUUCUUCUGUAAGACAACCAUGCCUCAGUCAGGCAUGGCUUUGGAGACAGUAAGCAAUCUUUGGGGCCGCACUACAAACCCGUUCAAUAGAGACUUGGGCGCUGGCGGGAGUUCGGGAGGGGAUGGAACGUUAGUAGCCUUGAGAGGCAGUCCCAUCGCGCCUUCAACAGAUAUGGGGGGAUCUAUCCGCGUACCGGCCGCUUUUAACGGGCUAUAUGGCAUUCGACCUACGGCGGAUCGCAUACCCAAGGGAGGCAUGUACACCACUAAUACCGGGAAUCUCACGAUUAAACUGUCUUGUGGUCCUGUGUGCCACUCUCUCAACGACCUUGAGUUAUUCACUAGGGUCAUAAACGCCCACCCGAACAACAAAUACGAUGUGACUUCCGUGCCUGUGCCCUGGAGAAACCUGGAUCAUUUGGACCGAAAACUCACGGUCGGACUACUGAAGUGGGAUGGGGUGGUAAUGCCUCACCCACCGGUAUUACGAGCUCUAGAACACAGCAAACAGACUCUUGAGAAGGCCGGACACGAGGUCAUUGAUUUCAAGCUACCUUUUGAUGCCUGGGAUGCUAUGCAAACCACGUUCGAUAUCUAUUAUCAAUCGGGGUCUGAGGGAACUAGGUCAACUCUGUCCGCUUCUGGGGAGCCUAUGAUACCAGCUUUUGCGGAUCUGCUAAGGGUUUAUAACACCCGAGAGCACUCCGCUGCGGAAGCAUUACAAUUGAAUCUCAAAACUAGAGCCCUCAAAGAACAAUUUGCAGAUGCAUGGAACGACACAGUUGGUAGCUCCGGCCGUGUCAUUGAUGCACUAAUAGUGCCCCCAGCCCCUGCAGUGGGCUAUCCUCAUGAUUUCAACAUCUACUGGGGGUAUACCUCGCUGUUUAAUCUUCUUGACUAUCCUUCUGUCAUCUUGCCAAUUGCCAAAUUCAAGGUGGAUCCUGAGCUAGACCGCGUGGAUGCCAACUACCAACCGGUCGAAACGAACCCCUACGACAAGCCCAACUAUGAAUUGUAUGAUCCGGCUUUGUUCACAAACCAACCGUCAACUAUCCAGAUCGUUGGGCGACCAUUCGAGGACGAAGAAACUAUCCAAGUAUCCUCGAUACUAGAUACAUUAUUCAAGGCUCCUUAAGUUAGAUGAAUUUGGUAAUGACGGAUAUCAAUAUUCCCUCAUUAUAGAAUCGUCUUUCCAUCUAUCUAAACCCGUUUGUAAAUCAAGCGUCAACUUUCCAGCUACAUACAUCCCAUCUAGAAAGUCUGGC